UUCUACCUUAUCAUCAUGAAGCGAAGCGUUCGCGAAGUUGACCCAGAUGGGGAUACUCUUCUCAUCCUACGCAAUCCUGAUGCACCGUUUGCAGUUAUAGGCUUAGAUUAUGCUACCCUUUGGCCUGACCUACUGCCAACUCAUACACCGCCCAUGAAAAAGACCGAACGACAGUUAGGGGGCAUCGAAAGGUCUCUUCGUAAGCCGCAGAUUCAGCAGCAGAACAAAGAAGAGCUACGAUUACGACUCUCAUCAACGCAUCUUACUUUUGCGUCUGCGUACUUCAAAGCAAUGAUGUCCAACGACUGGAGAGAGACCAGACCUGAAGAAGGGUAUUCUUUCGUCGUAACUGCCGAAGAAUGGGAUCAGAAAGCAUUACUCAUUCUAAUGAACAUAAUCCACGGUCAGACGACAAAGAUCCCCCGAAUAAUGGGUAUUGAGAUGCUUGCCAAAAUGGCUGUUCUUGUCGAUUAUUACAAAUGCCACGAAGCGGUAGAGUUCUAUGCGAAAACAUGGAUCAAUAAUCUGAUAGAACCACUUCCUACUUGUUACGGAAGAACGUUCGUGCUUAGGUUAUGUAUAUCGUGGGUUUUUUCAGAAUCCGAAGUUUUCCGAGAGUUGACAAGGGCCGCCUUAUAUCAGAGCAGAGGUCCCAUUCAUUCACUAGGUUUACCCAUACCAGGAGACGUCAUUGAUGCUCUUGAGAUGAAGAGGCAGAAUUUUGUCUCUGAGGUUAUUUCCGAGCUACACGACUUGAAAUCUCGGUUAUAUAAGGAUAAAGGGCAUAAGGAUAAGGGAGCCUGUUCCUUCGAAUGUUCUUCAAUUCUACUGGGUGCUCUUAUCAAAGGCAUGAAUACAAUUUGUAUUCUUGACCCCCCAUUAUUCGAAUCGCUUGAAGGCUAUAGUAUCAUGGCACUCGAAAAAGCUGUGCUAAGUAUCCAGGAGCCAAACUACAGUUCGAUGCCUGAUUCCUACAGCCUUUGCACAGGAGAAACACAUACUCGUAUGUAUGCGAAGUAUGCGAAGUAUGCGAAAAAGCUUCACAGAUGUACACUCUCUGAGAAAAUUAGGGGAAUCAUCGAUCCAAAGAAUGAGGCAAUUGUUGGGCUAGAGUUGAAUGCCUUUACUAAUCAAAGCCAAGCCUGAAGACAGGCUGCCGGUUUCGUUGGUUGGAAGGGCCAUUGAUCUAUCCUGUAAGUUGGCUAUCCAGCGCCCCAGUGGUUGCGUGGAGUUCAAGUGCCGGAACAGGAUGCAAAGAAAUGGAUUGCAGUCUUUUAUCCACGGGCACUACUGGCACUUACUUAUUAGAUAGUGGAAAGGGACCCGGUCCCUUGAGUAUCUG